CAAGAUCCAUCAAUGCAUCCAUUUUCUGAGCCCCCCAUCCUCAGAAGGGUCCUGGGAGUAGUCGAGCCAAUCCCAGCUGUCAUCGGGUAGAAGACAGGUCAUGGCCGCCGUGUCCGUCCUCACGCCAAUUCUGGCGCUCGUGUUGUGCAUGGUGAUGGGCUUCCUGGCGGUGAGGAGGCGUCUAACCCAAGCCGACGCUGAAGCAAAACCUUGGGUGGACGAGGACCUGCAAGACAACACCGAGGCACAGGCAGGAGAUGAUGAUGAAGGUGAGUGGGUGGACAAGCAGGAAGACGUCGCGCAUGUGCCUUACUCGCCUCAGCGCCUUCCCGAGGACCAGAUGCUGCACAGAUCUCAGCACUUCUACGCGCUGAUGAACCAGCGCCGGUCCGUCCGCUUCAUCAGCCCGGAGGCCGUUCCGCUGGAGGUGAUCGAGAACGUCAUCCGCACCGGAGGUACAGGACCUAGCGGAGCACACACAGAACCAUGGACCUUUGUGGUGGUCUCCGACCCGGACACCAAGCAUCAGAUCCGACUGAUUGUCGAGGAAGAAGAGGAAGUCAACUACCGCCAGAGGAUGGGAGACAAGUGGGUCAGUGACUUGGAACCACUCCGGACAAACUGGAUCAAAGAGUACUUGGAUAUCGCGCCGUACCUCAUCCUCAUCUUCAAACAGACAUAUGGGAUCUUACCGGAUAAGAAAAAGAGGACACACUACUACAAUGAGAUUAGCGUGUCCAUAGCCUGUGGCAUCCUACUGGCAGCACUGCAGAAUGUGGGUCUGGUCACUGUAACGUCGACGCCCCUCAACUGCGGCCCGAAGCUCAGGCUGUUGCUCAAACGACCAGCCAAUGAAAAGCUGCUGAUGCUGCUUCCUGUUGGCUACCCUGCCAAGGAUGCUACCGUGCCUGAUCUCAAACGCAAACCAUUGCAGGACAUCAUGGUGCUCAUAUGA